UUGAAAGCCAAUUAGGGCAGCUCCUCUGCAGACCUUAGAAGUCAGAGGAUUGCAGUCAAUCUGCUUCCUGGUUCCUGACACAAGCAACCAAUAUAUGGAGCUCUGGCAUCAUGGACAUUGAAGCAUAUUUUGAAAGAAUUGGUUAUAAGAACUCUAGGAAGAACUUGGACUUGGAAACACUAACUGACAUUCUUCAGCACCACAUCCGGGCCAUUCCCUUUGAGAACCUUAACAUACAUUGUGGGGAAGCCAUGGAGUUGGGCUUACAGGCCAUUUUUGAUCAAGUUGUGAGAAAGAACCGGGGUGGGUGGUGUCUCCAGGUCAAUCAACUUCUGUACUGGGCUCUGUGCACAAUUGGUUUUGAGACCACGAUUUUGGGAGGGUAUGUUUACAUAACUGCAGCUGACAAAUACAGCAGUAACAUGAUUCACCUUGUACUGCAGGUGACCAUUGGUAGCAGGAAGUACAUUGUUGAUGCUGGGUUUGGACGCUCCUACCAGAUGUGGCAGCCUCUGGAGUUAAUUUCUGGGCAGGAUCAGCCUCAGGUGCCUUGCAUCUUCCGCUUGAGAGAAGAGAGUGGCAUCUGGUACCUGGACCAAAUCAGAAGAGAGCAGUACAUUCCAAACAAAGAAUUUCUUAAUUCUGAUCUCCUGGAAAACAAUAAAUACCGAAAAAUCUACUCCUUUACUCUUGAACCUCGAACAAUUGAAGAUUUUGAGCCUAUUAACACAUACCUGCAGGAAUCUCCAGCAUCUGUGUUUACAAGCAAAUCAUUUUGUUCUUUACAGACCACAGAAGGGGUUCACUGUUUAGUGGGCUGGACCCUCACCUCCAGGAUAUUCAAUUAUAAGGACAAUAUAGAUCUGGUAGAAUUUAAGACUCUGGAUGAACAAGAAAUAGAAGAAGUGCUGAAAAAUAUAUUUAAUAUUUCUCUGGAGAAAAAGCUUGUGCCCAAACAUGGUGAUCGAUCUUUUGCCAUUUAAGAAGCAAAAUAAACCUCUAUAUUAAUCA